CCGUGUUCCAUGUAAACACAAACCUCAGGGUCUCUGUAUUUAUUGUACUUUGCCGCCAGAAACAUUUAAAAAUGCCACGAAAAGCGCUCCGGGUUAAGGUUGAACUCAACAUCGAAGCGGUAACAUGUCCAGGAACAUUUUUGAGAGAAAGAGAUGAUGUUUAUCUUAGUAUUUGUCUCCUCGGAUAUCAACGGAAGACAAUCUGUGUUCCCCCUGUGUUUCCACUGUUAUUCCACCAAAUACUACGCUUUGAAAGGACAUUUACCAACUGUAUGGAUCCAGCUCAGUUGUCAUUGGAACUGGACCAGGAGCAUGUUUUGAUUGAAGUGAUUCAGUUGCAACCCAACUAUGAGGGUGGUACUGUACUUGCAUACUAUGAGUGCUCUGCUAGAGACUUUCUGUAUCCUGAUCCACUCUUAUCUCCAUCUUAUUCCUCAGCUGAAAGGGAGAUUCUUUUCACCAGAACCUUGGCAUUUAAG